UUAAUUGUGAUAAUGAUUUGAAACUUUUUGUUUGAGUAAACAAAAUCUGUUUCCAAAAUUCUCUAUUCAUUCGGAUUGGUUUUGAGGUCACUAUAUGUACAUCGAAGAGUAUUUAAAUGAUAUAAAUACAAAUGAGAGAAUAAAUCCCUCCUAACUCACUCAUUAAGACAUAGAAAUAAAUGUAUGGUAUAUUAUUUGAAAUUCUACGAAACUAUGUUGAUGAGACAUUCGGUCCAUCAACAUGGGAGGCUGCUGUACAAAUAGUCAACGGACAACAACUGGAAAUACAAACUAAUCGGAACUAUUCUACACGAUUACUAACACGAAUAAUCAGUACAUUAUGUGAGUUUAUUGGUCUGCCUGAAGAAGAUAUUUAUUACGAAUUCGGUAUUAAAUCUGUCGAUUAUCUGAGUAAUAAUGGUUUCCAGAGUUUAUUACAAGUACUGGGUAAAAAUUACAUUGACUUCUUACAUAAUAUUAAUGAAAUGCAUGAGUAUUUACAUUAUUCUUAUCCAAAAAUUAAACCCCCUAACAUAAAAGUCACUUCAAUCAAUCACAAUGUCAUCACUUUGGUCUAUUCUUCCGUACGUGAAGAAUUCGCGCAUUAUCUGAGAAGUCAACUAAUAUAUAUUGCAAAAUUGUAUUUUCAAUUGGAUGUUAGUGCAAAAUUAGUUGAUAAAAGGAAGCAAGCAGCUUCACACAUAUACACAUUUAAGCUAUACAAUAAAGGUUUAUCAUGGAUUGAAUUAUUAGAGAAAGAUAAUCAACUCAAUAAGUAUAUAUCUCUAUUGGAUUUAACAGUCUCAUUACCAGAGAAGGAAUUUUUAGGCAUACUACCUUUUCAUUUGGUAGUGACCAAGGAUAUGACAAUCAAACGAGUAGGUAAGGGAUUUUCAUGUUUAAGAAAUGAUAUAUCGGGAAAGGAGUUUGUAACAUGCUUUCUAAUUUCAAAGCCGAAAACAAAUCCAAAUUUCGAUGAGCCAAUUGGCAAAAUACCACAAUUAUUAUCUGGAGUCAUCAGCAGAGACACGAAACAAUUAUACGAGAAAAAACUACGGAUUUCUGAUCUGAAUACAUUCGACAGUAGUCGUGAUAUAAUAAUUCAAGGAAAUCAACAGUCUGACGAAGUUAUGAAACUUUACGAAAAACAACGUCACAAGGCUAAGCAAAUGGAGAAGAGUAUGAUGCAAUUAGAAAAGAUUAGGAAAGUUACUGAUGAAUUGUUGUAUCAAUGUAUUCCUAGUACGGUGGCCAGGAAAAUUCGAAACGGCACUCCAGCAAUCGAUACCAUUCAGACAUUUGAUGAAGUGACAAUAUGUUUUACGAAAGUGGUGAACUUCGCUGCAAAAUGUAUGCACAUAGGUGUUGAACAAGUGAUAGAGUUGUUGAACAGAAUGUAUUCUCUCUACGACGCUUUGACUGAAAAUCAUAAAGUCUACAAGGUUGAAACAGUCAAUGACAGUUAUAUGUUGGUUUCUGGAGCACCACACAGGACCCCAUUACAUGCUGCACAUAUAGUCGACACAGCAUUAGAAAUCAUAGAAGUAACUCUACUCAGUCUCUACUGGCCAGAGUCAAUUGGAAAUAUCCCAGCUAAUAAUAAGAAUAAAACUGUUUAUACAAAUGAAAACUUACAUCUUUACAUUGGAUGUCAUACUGGUCCAAUUGUUGCUGGUGUAGUCGGUUAUAAAACACCACGAUAUUGUUUAUUUGGUGAUACAGUGAAUACUUCAAGUAGAAUGAUGAGUCAUGGUUCACCAGACAAAGUGCAUAUUAGCGAAUCUUGUGCUCAGUCUUUAUCACCUUAUCCAUAUGAAAUAGAAUGUCGAGGAGAAAUUCCAAUCAAGGGUAAAGGGAACAUGAAGACAUACUUCGUCACAGGUCGGAAACCAGAAUUCGUCUUACAAGACACGACUGAUGGGGGGAGUCGCAAUUUUGCUGAGCUUCUCAAGGAAGACAUGCUCAAAGACGAUGAUAUACCAUCGGAAAAUUCGGAUGACUCUGCGAAAUUCUCCAUCAACUUGUCCGACGCAAGUGGGACUACCGAGGAAGAGUCUGCUCCUGCAUCUCCGAAGGAUGAUGGAGAACUAGAAAUGAAUGAGAAGAUAUCUGAGAAAAAAGACAGAAAAUCCAGUAGAGGUGGGAGUAGACGCUCAAGUAAAAGCGGUCAGAAACGUCGUCAAUCUCAGCCACUCUCUAAUACAACUUCACCAACGAACGAGAAUCCUGAUGUCGAGAACCAACAGAGCAGCUCGGGUUUUGUGAACAACCAAAACACAACUGAGGUCCUAAAUGAAGCUGCACGGCGUCUAGUCGAAACGAAAAUAAAAGAUGUAAAGAAUGAACAGAAGAAGAAACAGGAUAUUACAUUCAGUCUUGAUAAUCCCAAGGAAAUCUUGAAAGAGGCUCCCAGCGAAGCGGAUUUGCAAGCAGUAGACAACAAUGUUGACGAAGCGACUUUGUUCAAGUCGAAACCAAAGGCACCUGAACGUUCUAGAUUGAUUAAACUCAAUCCAGCAAACAAAGUCUCCAGUGUUUCUGUUUCCAUCAAACCCAUCCAACCUACUCCUGAUGAAGUUGCUGUGAACAAUGUGAGUACGGAUGCUACUGAGAAUGCACCAAAUGAUGAUAACGAUGAAGUUACUCAAGAGAUUGGCAAUCAGGAAGACACCGUCCAACAAUACCGUGAAAUGGUGAAACAGGGCCGUUUUGAUCCAGUACCAGAUUUGCCAUUCUGUUCACCUCAGGCAGCUAUAUUCAAAGAUUUAGCUCAACCAUUGUGUCUAGCACUAACCGAAUUACUUAUCAUUAGACCAAAGAAUCCUAUUAUGUAUCUGGCUAUCUGGUUAAGAAACUAUUCAAUGGACAGUUCCAAAUUUGACUGGGUUAUACAUUCCGGAUGA